UUCUUCAAGCUGCGCAUUCCCCUCGACCAAGGGCCGUUGGAUGUGGAGGCGCUGACGCGGCAGCUGCUCAGCAUCAAGCAACAAGCAAAAGACCCCUCGGAGAGGCAGCCUUCCGUAGGUGCCUUCACUACCGAGCAGAGGCGCACAUGGGCCGGCAUCUACGUCAAGCUGGCACGCAGUAACGUGAACCAGAGCUCGCUGCAGAGCCUGGAGACGUGCCUAUUGGUGGUAUGCCUGGACCGGCCGCUGAGCAGCUUGCGGCGCCAUUACGCCAGCCUGCGCCGCGAGUCCGUGACGCUCGACCUGGGAACGCAGGCGGCCCACCUACUACAUGGAGGCUCGGUGGCAGAUGGCAACGCCGCCAAUCGUUGGUACGACAAGUUUAUGCAGAUAGUCGUCAGCCGUGACGGAAUCAACGGCAUCAUCUGCGAACACUCGGCCUCGGAAGGAAUCACCGUUCUCAGGUUCUGUGAAGAGUUCCUCCAACACAUGCAGCAGUACCAACAGCAGCAACAGACACCUCCUCCUGGGUCCCCCUCGAUUCGAACGAGCUCCCUCUGUGCCCAGUACCCUGUUUCGCGACUCAGCUGGGACCUUGGUGACGACAUGCUCAAGGCUCUCCAGGACGCCAUCAAGGCCAUCAACACCCUGGCCGAAGAUGUCGACCUGUACAUUCUGCAUUUUCCGAACUACGGAAAGAACUUCAUCAAAGAGCAACGGAUCAGUCCUGAUGUGUACAUCCAACUGGCUCUGCAGCUCACAUAUUACAAGUAA